AUGGAGAUGCCGCCCUCCACUGUACGACACACCGCCGCUCUCGUGCGUAAUCGAGGGGAUAACGAAAUUGGCAUCUCGGUAAAUGCACUGCCGCAACAGCAGCAGUGGCAUCACCGAGUAAAACUGCUUGCUGCCGCGCGGCAGCUGCAACACGAGAAAGGCAGAGAGCGAAGCCUUCUAAGGAGCUGCGUUGCCAUGCAGGUUCUCACAGCUACUGUUGCUGCAUUGCUGCUCGCAGUACCCACUAGUCUGGUUGUUAUUUCUGGUACUUCCACCUUUGCUUUGGAGUUGCAUGUACUGACUUUCUUUUCAGUUUUAACAGAAAAGGCAGAAUAUCUCGCUCCCGACGAGCGGCAGCCUGCUCUGAUCGCAGCUACCCAUGCUGCGGCUGCAGCGCAUAAACUUUCUCAGCGUCUGCGGCUAGAGGCGGGAGACCGUUGGGAUGAGUCCAUCACGAAUACUCUUCAUGCUCUUGCUCUCGAGGCGUGUGUCUACUCUUGCAGGACUGUUGAGGGAUUUUUCGACUGUCUAGCCACUGCUGCGGCAGCAGGCUGCACGAUCGCAGCUCUUGCCUUCAUAUCUGGAGCUGCUGCGUUUGCUGCUGCUGCCGCUGCUGCUGCUGCCAACGAAUCUCCUGCUGCCGCUACUGCGGAUGCCGCGAAUUUUCUCCUUGCGGCAGCGGCAGAAGAGCAGCAAGGGGCUUCCGUGCCUGGUGCCGAGGAGUCUUUCAUGGAGCAGCAGCAGCAGCAGCAAGAAGCAGCAGCAGAGUGUAGCCAGGAAGACCGACAAGGAAGCGCUUCAGGGGGUUCCCCAUCCGAGUCAGCACUCGCGGCGAGACAAACAACACCGAGCAACGCCCCCUGCAGGCGAAGCGACAGCAACGCAGCGGCAAAGGCGGCAGCAGAUGCAUUUGUCUGGAGUAGCAGAGCGAUACCGUUGCUGGCUGUUGUCGUGGCUUUGCUAGCCUUACAGGCAAGAAACGUGACCUCUCGAAUGCAAAUCGCAGGAGCACAACGUGCAGCAGCAGCAAUAACUGCUCUGGGCGUAACAGCCCGUUUGGCGAUGCUCAGUGUUGCCCCUUCCGUGGCUGCACUGGAAGAAAAGGCUGCCUUUCUAUGUCGUUUGGACAUCUACUCCGAGAAAAUAACUGCUGCUACGGCAUCCCCAGCGGCUGCUGCUGCUCCGCAGUGCUCACGCCUCACUGGGAGGGAGAGAGGGAAGAUGCCAAGUCGAAGAGAAGAAGAGUCAAGCAAAACGUGUCACAUGCAACAACACACGUUUGUUGUUACUGCUGCUGCUGCGCCAUGCAGCCCUCCCGCCCCUAGGGUUGCAAAGAAGCGCAAGUGUGCUACAAUAGCGCGGCCUGUUGCCUGUACCCCCGUACUGCGGAUUAAAAAUGAGGCAAACAAACUUGGGGGCAGCCUCUCUGCCCCUCAACGUGCUCUACGGCUAACCACGCUGCUGCGGAAAUAUACUGCUGCACCUAGGGAGAGCAUGAAUACCAAGGAGGCGGAGAGGCGCCUACAAAUGAAAGAGAGGGAGGCAAGGGCGGGGUAUUCACGGGGGAGUCCGAGAUGUGCGACAGAGAGAAUGAGAGAGAGAGCGAGCGAGAGAGCAAGAAAAAACAAUAACACCCCCGCCGACCGCUUCCCCCUCCCCCUUUCCCUUCCCUGUUGGCGUCCACCAGUGCCAUAA